ACAAUCAUGAGGCCAUUUCUCAGACCACAACGUCGAGUUUGUGACGUCAUGCUCGCCCGAUUCAAAGACCUUUUGCUUGGCCUUCUGAUCGGGUUGUCAAUGACGGUCUUCUUCGUAGGCAGAACACUCGUGGAAGACUUCCCUUUUUUCCAAGUAAACACGCACACCCUGACAGACAAAUCACCAAAUUUUCAACCAAAUGGCGUUGUCCGAAUGGAGAUCUUCAAACCCACUGACCAGACGGCAGACCGUACGACACACAAUGGCGCCAGAACAUUUCUCCCUUACAACGAUUUUGAAGACGACACGAUAGCCCAGGAACUGAGUCGAGAGGUCCGCGUGCUGGUAUGGGUCAUGACGACACCAGAGAACCUGGAGACCAAAGCCCUGGCCAUCAAGCAGACGUGGGGCAAAAGAUGCAACGUUAUCAUUUAUUUUAGUUCUAAAGAAGAUCCUGAAUUCCCAGCAGUUAAUCUUGAAGUUCCGGAGGGCAGAGGUCAUCUGACUGGGAAAACUAUGGCAGCCUUCCGAUAUAUUUAUGAACAUUAUUUUGACGAAGCUGAUUGGUUUAUGAAGGCUGAUGAUGAUACUUAUGUAAUCUUGGAGAACCUACGUUUCUUUCUAUCAGACAAAAACAAAAAUGAGCCGAUUUAUUUUGGCCACUUAUUUGCACGUAAUGUUGAGCAGGGAUACUACAGUGGAGGGGGUGGCUAUGUCAUCAGCAAGGAGGCGCUCCGCAGAUUUGGCAAGUUCGCUAUCAACUCUACCGUCUGCCGGGAGGAUGGGGGGGAUGAGGAUGUGGAAUUUGGUCUGUGCAUGGAGAGGCUGAAUGUGAAGACUUCCAAGUCCUUGGAUGAGAUGGGGAGGACCAUGUUCCAUGCCAUGCACCCCUCGCUUCAUAUACUGAACAAGUUGCCCUCUUGGAUCUCCCGCUAUUCUGCUAGUGGGUCUUCUGGUCAACAGGGUUAUGGUGUAAGCAAGUAUGCUGUGAGCUUCCAUUAUGUUCCUCCUGAUGAUAUGCGUUUGCUAGACUUCUAUAUGUACCACCUACGUCCCUAUGGUAUACAUUCCAUUGACAGAAAUAACAGUAAAACUUAGUGGCUGUAGGGAGUACUAAAGUGAUACAAGCAUUAGCAGUUCAAAACUACACUGUGAUAACCCUUAAGAGGAGUCUACAAAUAUAAUAAACAGAUCUUAAGGGUCAGUUUUUUUAUAUUUAAUUAUGAAAUACAGUCCAGUAUUGAAGACCAAGGGUAUAUUAAUUGAAAUGUGAGUCAUAUUUAUGUGUGUCUCAACAUGAUUUACCUGAGUUUGUGAAUAAUCUGAUCUGUAUGUUUGACCUUAUGAACUGCAUCACAUUGAGUUUGUGAAUAUGAAUAUUGAUGAACUGAAUCUCAGAGGUACAAAACAGAUCAUCCAAAAACGUUUUGUUCAAAGCAGCCUACACAGUGGGAAUUUUUUUGUUCUGAGAAGAUAAAAAAAAAGCAAUUAAAGACUAUUCCAGCUGUUUUUAAAGUUUUUGCCAUGAACCUUAUAUGAAGGAGGUUUUGUAAAACUACAGUGAAAUGAAUUCAUUAUAAAUCAGCAAAUUUGACAAUACCUGUAGUUCACACACUUUGAUGAGAUGAACUGAACAAGAAGGGGGGCAUCGCUAUGGUGAAAUGAAUUUAUUAAACAUUCGCAAAUAUUUACUUACUGGAUACCAUGAAUGAUGAAUAGCACAAUGUAGCAAAUUACUGACCAAUGUUUGAUUCAAUAUAUUUUCAUAUUGGAUUUAGCAAAUCUGUUAAUUGAUAAAUGAGCAUUAGAAAAAUUUAUUUUAUCUUUUAAAGUCUCAUACGUCUCAUCUAAGUAAACUUUUGUCAAUUGUUUUAUUGUGUAUUUUGUUUAACUAGGAAAAUAUACAAGCUGUUAUUUUAAUCUUACUACCAUGUGAUUGUCAAAGAGAUAACUAAUCUUUUUGCUGUGUAAAUCUUGUGCAUAAUAGUUAAAUUUUUAAAAUACAUUGUUGGAGCAUGUGUAUCUAUCUGUCUUCAUAUACUCUAAUAUCAAAUAAUAUAAUAUAUUAUUACCUGCUGGGAAUAUAAAAAGUUUAUACUCAGUUUAUUCUCUGUCAAAUAGAUUUAAGUGAAACUAAAAUGUAACUUGUUGCUGAAAUGUCACUAACUCAACUCAUAUAGAGACAUUCCAUUCAAUAAGAUUAAAACAAAAUCCCAACUGUUUUUUUUAUAACAAAACUCAUAAUACUCAUAUGUAUGUAGUUUUAAUGAUGAAGUAACUGUUACAUGAAAUCAGUGUUUUAUGAAACUUCUGUAUUUAUCUGGAUUACAAUCUCUGCCACAAAUCUCUUUUACAUAAUAUUCAAUGUCUAUUCCAUCAAAUACAAUGGGCACACUGACAAUUUAAUUAAUAUUUGACAAAUUUAGUAGAACAAUGUUUGUAUUUUUUAUUUAUUUUAUAAAAGUGAUGCUUUUUAAUGUUAUUGUUACUAAAAUUGAAUAAGUAGCCAAAUGAUCCCUUUUGUUCAUAUUUGCAUCUCCUGGGAUCCAAUGAUGUGUUUCAUUGCGCAUUUGCAAUUGUAACAAUGCCAUACAUUUUUAAAGUAUUUAUUUUAAAUACUUUGACUGUAUUUCCAGCUUAACUUAUUGUAUAAAUUGAUUUAUAUGUGUUGCAAGAUUUAAAAUAUAAUUAAGCAUGAUUUUUCCACCCCUAGUCAUUCUUAUAAAUUAAAGCGGUUUUUCAGACCAAUUAAUGCCACUUAUCACAGUAUUAAAUUAAUUCUUACAUUUUUAUCUUUUUCAUUAAUUAUGGAAGAUAAAAAUUGUUUUUUUUUUUACUACUGUGAUUUAUUU